CCCAAAUAAACACCAUUGCAGAGUCCAAAAUUAUCACUGGGAACACUCACAGACAGUCCAACUCUCUUCACUUCCCCCACAAAAAUGAAUCUUUUCCUCUUCAACUUCUAAAACUCUCUCUCUUUCUCUCUCUAGAAAAUGCUCUCUCUCCGAUUCCUCCCUUCCACCAACUUCCAGUUCCACACCCCCAAAACCCCAAAACCCCCAAGAUUCCCUACCCCAAAACCCCUGGCCGUACGGUCCGUCCUCCAAUGGAAUAGGAAGCCGGAGCUGGCCGGAGAAACCCCCCGCGUGGUCGUCAUAACCUCCGGCAAGGGCGGCGUCGGCAAGACGACGACCACCGCGAACAUCGGGCUCUCCCUCGCCCGCCUCGGCUUCUCCGUCGUGGCCAUCGACGCCGAUGUCGGCCUCCGCAACCUCGACCUCCUCCUCGGCCUCGAGAACCGCGUCAACUACACCGUCGUCGAGGUCCUCAACGGCGACUGCCGCCUCGACCAGGCCCUCGUCAGGGACAAGCGCUGGUCCAAUUUCGAGCUCCUCUGCAUCUCAAAACCUAGGUCGAAACUCCCCAUCGGCUUCGGCGGCAAAGCCCUAAUCUGGCUCGUCGACGCCCUCAAGUCCCGCCAAGAAGGCUGCCCAGACUUCGUCAUCAUCGAUUGCCCCGCCGGCAUCGACGCCGGCUUCAUCACCGCCAUUACUCCGGCCAACGAGGCCGUCCUCGUCACCACCCCGGAUAUCACCAGCUUGAGAGACGCCGACAGAGUCACCGGGCUUCUGGAAUGCGACGGAAUAAGGGAUAUAAAGAUGAUUGUGAACCGGGUUCGGACGGAUAUGAUAAAGGGCGAGGAUAUGAUGUCGGUGCUGGAUGUGCAGGAGAUGUUGGGGUUGGCUUUGCUUGGAGUGAUUCCCGAGGAUUCGGAGGUCAUAAGGAGCACAAACAGAGGGUAUCCUCUGGUGUUGAAUAAGCCGCCGACAUUGGCUGGGUUGGCUUUUGAGCAAGCGGCUUGGAGGCUGGUUGAGCAGGAUAGUAUGAAGGCUGUUAUGGUUGAGGAAGAGCCCAAGAAGAAAGGGUUCUUCUCCUUCUUUGGUGGGUAAGAUUCAAAUAUUAUUAUUAUUUUUAUAUAUAACACUUUUGUUGUUGACAGUUUUGGAGAAUUUUUUUGAAAAUUUGAUGAGGGAUUGACGUAAGUGUUAUUGAGCUAGGCUUGUUAGAAGCUUUGUACAGUGGGUCUUCAAAGUUUGCCCCGUCUUGAUUUCUGUUAUUUGUUUUGAUCUAUUCGAUUGUUUGGUUUUGUAGUAUUAGUUUUGAAGAUUGUGUCUGUUGCUCAUAGUUGAGAUCGGCUGAACAAUGGCUUCUGUUCUUUAGUAUUAGUUUGGAAGAUUGGUGGCUCUAGGAUUAGUUGUUCUACUUAUCGUUGAAGGAAAAUGGAAUGGUUAUUGCAAUGAAUUUAUAUCCUUUAUCUUGAGCU